AUGGGCAAGCAACCCAACCUCUACAGCUACCCCACAGUCGACGAAGUCGCAGCCCAUCUGCGCACCUACAUCCUUCAAGCCCAGAAAGCCGCCUUUCAGCGACAUGACGCCUUCAAAAUCGCCGUCUCUGGCGGCAGCCUUCCCGCUACCCUGGCAAAAGCACUCCUGAACGCGGGCGAGAGCGAGGAUCCUGCCUCAGCCCCACAAUUCUCGAAGUGGGAGAUCUUCUUCGCAGACGAACGGGCCGUGCCUCUCGAUCAUGAGGACAGCAAUUACGGGUUGUUGAAGAAAGAUCUACUGGAGAAGGUUCCGAAAGAGCAAGGCACUCCGACAGUUCAUCCUAUCAAUGUGGAACAACUGGAUAACACACAGGAGCUGGCGGAUCAAUACCAAGAACUGCUCACCUCGAGUUUCGCCAGUAAGGACUCAGUGAGAGUGCCCGUCUUUGAUCUCAUUCUGUUGGGCUGCGGGCCCGACGGGCACACCUGCAGUCUCUUCCCCGGGCACAAAUUGCUGCGUGAGACGGAUGCCUGGGUUGCGGCGAUUGAAGAUAGUCCGAAACCACCACCAAGGCGGAUUACCUUGACUCUGCCUGUUGUUACGCAUGCGCAUAAGAUCGCAUUUGUCGCUACAGGUGGUGGGAAAAAGGCCAUCCUGAAAAAGAUUUUGGAGGCUGAUGACGAAGGACGGACCCUUCCGUGUGGACUGGUGAAUGAGGGCGGUGCGGACAAAGUCAGCUGGUUCACAGAUGAUGCAGCUGUCCAAGGCGUCGCAUUCCCGAGAAGGGGCAGCCUGUGA